CCCCGUUUCUGAUUGGCUGCGGGCCGCGCGCUUAAGCGUGGCUGGCGCCUGCGCAGAAAUACUCGGCCGGUAGUGGCGAUGUCUGGCCGGUCUAAGCGGGAGUCUCGUGGUUCUACCCGCGGAAAGCGCGAGUCCGAGUCGCGGGGCAGCUCGGGUCGCGUCAAGCGGGAGCGAGACCGGGAACGGGAGACAGAGGCACCGAGCUCCCGGAGCAGCCCGGUGCGCGUGAAACGGGAGGUCGAACCGGCAAGCGCGCGCGAGGCCCCGGCGCCAGUCCUCCCCUCGGUGCGGGUGAAGCGGGAGCGCGAGGCAGAUGAGGACUCUGAGCCUGAGCGGGAGGUGCGAGCAAAGAAUGGCCGCGUGGAUUCCGAGGACCGGAGGAGUCGCCACUGCCCAUACCUGGAUACCAUUAACAGGAGUGUGCUGGACUUUGACUUUGAGAAACUGUGUUCCAUCUCCCUCUCCCAUAUAAAUGCAUAUGCCUGUUUGGUGUGUGGCAAGUACUUUCAAGGCCGGGGUUUGAAGUCUCAUGCCUAUAUUCACAGUGUCCAGUUCAGCCACCAUGUCUUCCUCAACCUCCAUACACUCAAGUUUUACUGCCUUCCAGACAACUAUGAGAUCAUCGAUUCCUCGCUCGAGGAUAUCACGUAUGUGUUGAAGCCCACAUUCACCAAGCAGCAGAUUGCAAACUUGGAUAAACAAGCCAAAUUGUCCAGGGCUUAUGAUGGCACCACUUACCUGCCUGGCAUUGUGGGCCUGAAUAACAUAAAGGCCAAUGACUACGCCAAUGCUGUCCUUCAGGCUCUGUCUAAUGUUCCUCCUCUCCGGAACUACUUCCUGGAAGAGGACAAUUACAAGAACAUCAAGCGUCCUCCAGGGGAUAUCAUGUUCUUGCUGGUACAGCGUUUUGGAGAACUUAUGAGAAAGCUCUGGAACCCUCGGAAUUUCAAGGCACAUGUCUCUCCCCAUGAGAUGCUUCAGGCUGUUGUCCUUUGCAGUAAGAAGACUUUUCAAAUUACCAAGCAAGGGGAUGGAGUUGACUUUCUGUCUUGGUUUCUGAAUGCUCUGCACUCGGCUCUGGGAGGCACAAAGAAGAAGAAGAAAACUAUUGUGACCGAUGUUUUCCAAGGAUCCAUGAGGAUCUUCACUAAAAAGCUGCCUCACCCUGACCUGCCAGCAGAAGAAAAAGAGCAGCUGCUUCAUAAUGAUGAGUAUCAGGAGACGAUGGUGGAGUCCACCUUCAUGUACCUGACACUGGACCUUCCUACUGCCCCGCUCUACAAGGAUGAGAAGGAGCAGCUCAUUAUCCCCCAGGUGCCACUUUUCAACAUUCUGGCCAAGUUCAAUGGCAUCACUGAAAAGGAAUAUAAGACUUAUAAGGAGAAUUUUCUGAAGCGCUUUCAACUCACCAAGCUGCCACCAUAUCUAAUCUUUUGUAUUAAGAGAUUCACUAAGAAUAAUUUCUUUGUGGAGAAGAAUCCAACCAUCGUCAACUUCCCUAUUACAAAUGUGGAUCUGAGAGAAUACUUGUCUGAAGAAGUACAGGCAGUACACAAGAAUACCACCUAUGACCUCAUUGCCAACAUUGUCCACGACGGCAAACCCUCUGAGGGCUCCUACCGGAUCCACGUGCUUCAUCAUGGGACGGGCAAAUGGUAUGAACUACAAGACCUCCAGGUGACUGACAUCCUUCCCCAGAUGAUCACACUAUCAGAGGCUUACAUUCAGAUUUGGAAGAGGCGAGAUAAUGAUGAAACCAACCAGCAAGGGGCUUGAAGGAGGUGUCAGGGACUUUGCUCUGGGGGCUUUUCACCAUAGAUGGUAAAUAGUAACUGAACAUUCACUGGGCCAGCCCUCUCUAUGAAUUCUGGUUCACACCAGAGCAGCAGAGGUGCCACGCCCAGAAGGGUGCUGCAUAGUCACGCAGACGUUCUGCCAUAAUUUACUGUAGGCUGAUGCUUCUUUCUCAUCCUGUCUAGCUCGCUUCCAGCUUAGCAGGCCAGAACUCUUUCACAGAUGUAUGUAACUUAUUUCUGAGUAGCUGGGCAUACUUAUGGACAAGGACAUUUCUUUUAAGCAUCAAGGCCUCAGGAUGCAAGGAAUAAGAGCAUGAAGCCAGUGAUGUCCUCCUUCCAGCAUCGAUAAAUUUUCUGUGGGUCUCCUCAUUUACUGAUGUGUUUUUUUGGGAUGGAUUAAAAUGUUUUCUUGUUUUUAAACCAGCCUCUUGUUUCAUACCU